AUGUUUGUAAACACAAGAGCUGCCAAGCAUGUUCUGCAAUCUCUACAGGAGAAUAGUUGCGUAACCGUAGUUGCUAGUUCUGGUGUAGGAAAGACUGCCAUCAUCCAACAUGUGGCUUUAGAAAUGUAUGUAAUUGGAUACGAUAUACUUCUAGUGACAGAUCCAGGUGACAUUGUAAAAUUUUAUAAUCCAAACAAGAAAACCUUGUUUGUUAUUGAUAAUUUAUGUGGGAACUUCUCUUUAGACCAGAUUGAUAUCAAAAUAUGGGAGCCAGUGGUCAGUCGCAUAGAGGAGUGUCUUGAAGAUAAAAAUACAAAAAUUAUUGCAGCAUGUAGAUUGCAAGUGUAUCUAGAUGAUAAGUUUGACACAUUAUCAAUUUUUAAAUUAUGUGUUUGUAAUUUGUUGUCAGAAACCAUACGCUUGUUAAUACCUGAAAAACAAUCAAUUGCUGAGGUAUAUCUCAAAACUAAAGCUUAUCAAGUUACAGAUUAUUAUGACUUGUAUGAUUGCUUUCCACUUUUAUGCCAAUUAUACAAUGAAAAUCCCACACUUGAUUUAAAGGAUUUAUUUCAGAAUCCUUUUUCCGUUUAUGAAGCACAGGUUGACGAGCUGCAAAAGAAAGGAAUUCAUGCUAAAUAUUGUGCCUUGGCUUUAUGUGUUGUAUUCAAUAAUAAAGUGAACGAAGACAUAUUGACAUUAGAGAUUGGUGAAGAAACCAGAAACAUAAUUGAAAAUACGUGUGAGGCGUGUAAACUUGAUAGAGGGACAUCAAGGCUCCUUUUGAAAGACGAAAUGGAUUCUCUUUUAAAUACAUUUUUACAGAAACAAGACACAACAUUUGGUUACCUGGAAAACCAAAUUUUCUACACAACUAUGCAUGAUAAAGUAUUUCACAUUCUUGUUAAAUACUUUGGACAGAAAUUAUUCGAUUGCUUGAUCAAGAAUGCUGACAGCGGUUUGAUUCGGGAGAGAUUUUUACUGGACAGGAACGAUGACAUGGAUCAGUUUAUCUCUAUUGUGCCCUCUAAGUAUCAUCAAGUGUACAUGCAGAGAAUGAUUGACGACUGGUCAAAAGGAAAAUUACAAGAUGUAUUUCAUAAUAACAAUAUGAAAUCAUAUCAGUUCAGACAGAGAUUCUUGAGUUAUUUGAAUAAAUAUGACAUAUCUUUUCAGAGGAAAUUAGUUCACACCGUUGAUCUGAAUUACAAUAAGUAUAAUUUUGUAGGGAAUAAGGGAUAUGAUAAAGACGUUAUUUGUGACACUGUCAUGUUACAGUGUUGUUUUAUAGGAGACAUUCCGAUGAUCCAGUUUUGUCUCGGUCAUGAUGCUAGUAUGGACCAAUGUGGGUAUCGUGGUCAGUUCCCCUUAAUGAUUGCUUGUAGAUAUCGUCAUACAGAAGUAGUCAGAAUGUUGUUAAACAAGGGAGCAAAUUAUAAUAAAUGUGAUAAUCAAGGUUGGUCCCCUGUUCUGAUAGCUUGUGCGCACGGUGAUAUAAAGACAUUUUGA